UGAGAGGUUGAGCCAUCACCUGUUGCAUCCCAGGAUGCUUAAGCAGGGAGCUGGAGUGGAAAGCAGAAGAGGGAUUUCAUCCCAGCCAUUCUCUUUCAGAAAGUGGAUGUCUCCCAUUCUGCCUCCCAAUACUGCCCUGGAGCUGUUCAUGGGGUGUUGAAGUUAUGGAGGACUUACUGCUCUACAGGAUCAGAGGAGGGGUAGAGAAUUUGAUUCAGCAUCACCAUAGGUUGGAGAAUGAAAUAUAGGUUUUAUUCUUAUGAAGAUAAUGUCUAUACAAAAUUAACUUUUUUCUGUUCUUGACCUUUGUUGUUUACCUUAUGUGGGGAUGUACAUUUUAGUCUUUGUUCCAGAAUAGUCUGUCAUUAGGAUUACAUUACAUGCUAAAUGUCAUAGUGAGUUGGGAACUGCUUUGAUAGAUUAUGUAACUUUUGGAGAGUGUACAAGUUAAUACCAUUAAUAUGUUCUUCUUCUUCUUUUUUUUUUUUGAUUGUCCUUAGGUAAUUCUUCCUUGCAGGAUGAAUUAAGACAAGAAGACUCUUAUUCAAUCAGGAAUGGAGAGCAGUUUGUCAGUUUCCAAUAUGCAAGACUCUGCAUCCUCUGCCUUGGAAAAGCAUUUGGGCUCAGCUAAUGGAGAUGGAGAUCUUGAUUCAGAAGAAGGUUCAAGCUUGGAGGAAAUCGGCUUUAACUGGGGAGAAUAUUUGGAAGAGAUGGGUGCCAGUGCAGCUCCGCACACAUCAUUCAAACAUGUUGAAAUCAGUCUGCAGAGCAACUUCCAGCCGGGAAUGAAAUUGGAAGUGGCCAAUAAGAACAACCCAGACACGUACUGGGUGGCCACGAUCAUCACCACAUGUGGGCAGCUGCUGCUUCUACGCUACUGCGGUUAUGGCGAGGACCGCAGGGCUGACUUCUGGUGUGAUGUGGUCAUAGCGGAUCUGCACCCCGUGGGGUGGUGCACACAGAACAACAAGGUGUUGAUGCCCCCGGACGCCAUCAAAGAAAAGUACACAGACUGGACAGAAUUUCUCAUCCGUGAUUUGACUGGUUCACGGACAGCACCUGCCAACCUGCUGGAAGGACCUCUGCGAGGGAAAGGCCCUAUAGACCUCAUUACAGUUGAUUCCUUAAUAGAACUUCAGGAUUCUCAGAACCCUUUUCAGUACUGGAUAGUUAGUGUGAUUGAAAAUGUUGGAGGAAGAUUACGCCUUCGCUAUGUGGGAUUGGAGGACACUGAAUCCUAUGACCAGUGGUUGUUUUACUUGGAUUACAGACUUCGACCAGUUGGUUGGUGUCAAGAGAAUAAAUACAGAAUGGACCCACCUUCAGAAAUCUAUCCUUUGAAGAUGACCUCUGAAUGGAAAUGUGCUCUGGAAAAAUCCCUUAUUGAUGCGGCAAAGUUUCCCCUUCCAAUGGAAGUGUUUAAGGAUCAUGCAGAUUUGAGAAGCCAUUUCUUCACAGUUGGGAUGAAGCUAGAAACUGUGAAUAUAAGUGAGCCCUUUCAUAUCUGUCCUGCAUCAGUGACCAAGGUUUUUAACAAUCAUUUUUUUCAAGUAACUAUUGAUGAUCUAAGACCGGAACCUAGUAAGCUCUCAAUGUUGUGCCAUGCGGAUUCUUUGGGGAUUUUGCCAGUACAAUGGUGCCUUAAAAAUGGAGUCAACCUCACUCCUCCCAAAGGUUUCUCUGGCCAGGACUUUGACUGGGCAGAUUAUCACAAGCAACUUGGGGCAGAAGAAGCCCCUCCCUUCUGCUUCAGAAAUACAUCAUUCAGUCGUGGAUUUACAAAGAACAUGAAACUGGAAGCUGUGAAUCCCAGGAAUCCAGGAGAGCUCUGCGUGGCUUCCGUAGUCAGUGUGAAGGGCAGGUUGAUGUGGCUUCACCUGGAAGGUCUGCAGACUCCUGUUCCAGAGGUCAUUGUUGAUGUAGACUCCAUGGACAUCUUCCCAGUGGGCUGGUGUGAAGCAAAUGCUUACCCCUUGACUACGCCACAUAAGACAGUCUCACAAAAGAAGAGAAAGAUUGCUGUUGUCCAACCAGAAAAACAAUUACCAUCCGCAGUGCCUGUUGAGAAAAUACCUCAUGACCUGUGUUUAUUCCCUCACCUGGACACUACAGGAACCGUGAAUGGGAAGUACUGCUGUCCUCAGCUCUUCAUCAACCACAGGUGUUUCUCAGGCCCUUACCUGAACAAAGGAAGGAUCGCAGAGCUACCUCAGUCUGUGGGACCGGGCAAAUGUGUGCUGGUUCUUAAAGAGGUUCUUAGCAUGAUCAUCAAUGCAGCCUAUAAGCCUGGAAGGGUUUUAAGAGAGUUACAGCUGGUGGAAGAUCCACAUUGGAAUUUCCAGGAGGAGACCCUGAAGGCAAAGUAUAGAGGCAAAACAUACAGGGCUGUGGUGAAGAUUGUACGAACAUCUGACCAAGUAGCCAAUUUUUGCCGACGAGUUUGUGCCAAGCUAGAGUGCUGUCCAAACUUAUUUAGUCCUGUGCUGGUUUCUGAAAACUGCCCUGAGAAUUGCUCCAUCCAUACCAAAACAAAAUACACCUACUAUUAUGGAAAGAGAAAGAAGAUCAUAAAGCCCCCAAUUGGGGAAAGCACCAUUGAGAGCAGCCACCCUAAACCAGCCAGACGAAGGAAGCGCCGAAAAUCCAUUUUUGUGCAGAAGAAACGGAGAUCUUCCGCCGUGGACUAUACAGCAGGUUCAGGGGAGGAGAGUGAAGAAGAGGAAGCAGAUGCAAUGGACGAUGACACUGCCAGUGAGGAGACCGGCUCUGAGCUCCGAGAUGACCAGACGGACACCUCAUCUGCAGAGGUGCCCUCCACCCGACCCCGCAGGGCCAUUACCCUGCGGAGCAGCUCAGAGCCUGUGCGCCGGCUCCCAGUGGAACGGGCACGGAGGAGCCGCCAGGGCCCAGCCUCCUCCUCAGCAGAGGAAGGGGAGAAGGGCCUUCCUGCCAAGCCAGAGGGGGCAGAGGAAACGAAACAAGAGGAGGAAGAGAGACUUGUUCUGGAGAGCAACCCAUUAGAAUGGACAGUCACAGAUGUGGUGAGGUUCAUCAAGCUGACAGACUGUGCACCCUUGGCCAAGAUAUUUCAGGAACAGGACAUCGAUGGCCAGGCGCUCCUGCUGCUGACUCUCCCGACGGUGCAGGAGUGCAUGGAGCUGAAGUUGGGACCCGCUAUCAAACUGUGCCAUCAGAUCGAAAGAGUUAAAGUAGCUUUCUACGCGCAAUAUGCCAACUGACUCUCAGUCUAGGAAGGUGGCCCAUGACCUGUGUAUGGCAGUGUUUGUGAAGGUUUUCAGGACUGAAAUUCCCACCACCACCACCCCUCCUAGCCGCCCAGGAGCUGUGAAAUGCCACUUAGAUACAUAUCACCAAAAGCCAGGACUUCCUUCAUCCACCAGCUUGUUGAAUAUGUUCAUGUUUUUAAAGCACACCGGAGUCCCACCGCAGAAGCUUCUGGAGCAAGUGAAUUUGGAUUCUGAUUUGGACUCAACAGGGAUAUGGGGAGCUUCAUUAUAUAGCUACAUCUUUGCCUUUAUCCACCCCAAAUCAGGCAGCUUUUUUUACAAGGUUUCCUAAACUGAGCCCCACGUUCUUUGAAAACCAAGGGGACUGCAGGUCACAGCUUUUCUAUCAUGACCAAGGAUACCUUGCUGGUAGUUUUUGCUAUCAUCAUUCUCAGGCACAUUUGUAGGUACACCUUUCUUAUCAGCACGCGUGUGACUGUAGGUUUGCGCUACAUGCUGUCACUGCAAUUUGAUCUUGUGGCGGCAGCUCCUUUCUUAGACACAACCCAGUGGAGUUUCAGGCUGUCAUGGUCCAGAGAUGUGCCAAAUCUUCAUCGUCUGUCGGAGGUGCCUUUCUGGAAGGCUGGGCAGUGAAGGAAGGUUGCUUUUCAUUGCCAUCACAUGAUCUGCAUGAGUCUUGGGAGCCUAGUAC